AUGGCCGGUCGGACAUACCAGCCCGCUACUUAUGACACGGCCCCGCGGAAGGAGCAAGCUUCAGUCAGCUUAGUGUCGAAAAACGACGACGCCCACGUCGGAUAUGUGCUGCCACAGCGGCUGAACACCACUGGAGUACCGGAACAAGACUCUUACGCCCACAAGUACAGCAGUUUAGCAAAUUCCACUUCACGCAGCGGUGGAAUGAAUUUACAUCUUGCUGCCUCACCGCGCCGACCGAGAUGGACAAUGCCCGCCGUCUUACUUACCCCAGAUAGUGUGCAGGUGUUCGUUCAAUAUUACGCACGCGAAUUAAGUACAGCCUUCUACCUGGGCAAUGGUCCUGCGCGAACUCCCUAUACGCAGUAUAUACUACCAAUGACCAAGAGCGUUCCCUGCAUUCGGUACGCCGUAGGGGCGACGGCGUCAUGCCAUAUUGGCAACAGACUUCAAGACAAAAAGUUGAAAAUGCAAAGUCUUCAAUUGCGGUUGGAUGCCACGCAGGCGCUCAGACAGCAACUAAGAAAUGACAUCGAGGAAACAGACAUUUCUAGUAUUGCCUGUAUGGUGUUACUUGCCCAGCUCGAUCUCUGCUCUGGGGACUGCCUGGAAUUUGGAACACACUUAAAAGCAGCGAGUGAGAUCGUGAAGCGGCAUGGUUCGGAUGGAACUGAGCAAGGCUUUUUCCAACAACGUCUUGCAUGGCUGGAUAUCAUGGGCUCGACCACAUCGUCACGAAUGAUACAAAUGAAUCCUGAACAUAUAAAAGCUGCCUUGAACAAAUUCAAAAACCCAUCCGGUCGCAGAUGGGGAUUUGACGUUUUCGAUUGCCCCAUCGAUCUAUUUGAGUGUAUUGCAGACAUUACUGUAUUGCAUAAGGUAUACAUGUCUCCAAAAAUCUCAUCCGAUGUGGCCUUGAAAGAGGCCAUCAUCCUUGGCAAUGCUGUGAGGACGUGGACAGGAUCUGAUAUCCUGUCCAAUCAACGAGGAGACAUGGUCGAGAUCUGGAGACGUGGGAUCUUACUAUAUCUUGCUCGCAUAUUCCAGCUACCUGAUGAGACAUUUGAUACUUCACAUUUACUAGAAAGUGUCUUUCGGCGGGCUGAAAGGCUAUCUUCCAAGACGAAUCGGAAGUUUUCAACGUCAUGGCCUUUGUUUCAAGCCGGUUUGUGUCUGGAUCAGAAGUCCCAUGAACGGAAACAGUGGUUGCGAAAAGAAUUCGCAACCCAUUUUGCGACACUUGGAUGCUGCAAUCCAAAACUUGCAAUCGAUGUAUUAGAGCAGUUUUGGCAGACCGGUGAUGCGCAGAUUCUUGAUUCUCAAACGUUACUGUUUUAG